AUGGAACACGAUCCUGACAUUUUUCCAAAAGCGAAAACGAAAGAUAAAUCCGAAAGAAGACGGUCUAGUAUCUUCAGUCUUCUCCGCAAGAAAAAACUGACCAGACAGCUAUCCGAACCAGGAUCCUACUUUACUCUGAACAGGAAGUUUUCAGUAGAUUCUGCUAUACUGUCUGACUUCUCGAAGGUGGAGAACGGUGAUGGGUACAGGAUGUGUCUCCAGAAGGCUGACAGUAAAGAUACUUUCGUGUCAAAUGAAGAGUUAGCCGGUGCGGCUUCAGACUCGGAUAGUGACGCCUCCCGUCCAGGGAUGCCAGAGCCUCAACCGGAUAAGAAACAGGACAUCCUUGCCCGGCUCGCGAGAAAUUAUAUCCUAGAUACAAAUACGGACAUUGGCCAAGCUGGUGAGCUUGUAGAAGAAGUAGCCGAGGAGAACAAAUCACUGCUAUGGUUCCUCCUGAAGCAGGUGCGUCCUGGUAUGGACUUGAGUAAAGUGGUGCUGCCAACCUUCAUAUUAGAACCCAGGUCCUUCCUCGACAAGUUAUCAGACAAUUACUUCCAUGCUGACAUAUUGGGGCAAGCUUCACUCCAAGAGGACCCGUACCAAAGAUUCAAGACAGUACUUCGAUGGUAUCUCUCUGGGUUAUAUAGAAAACCCAAGGGGCUGAAGAAACCCUACAACCCAGUACUCGGAGAGUGUUUCAGAUGCUGUUGGAAGCACGACUCGCAGUCGUAUACUUAUUAUAUUUCGGAACAGGUGUCCCAUCAUCCUCCCGUAUCUGCGUUCUACGUGUCAAAUAGACAAGAAGGUUUUGUUAUAGAAGGAAGUCUUCUAGCGCGAUCCAAAUUUUAUGGUAAUUCCACAUCAGCCAUCCUUGAAGGUUGUGCAAGAAUUCACCUUCUGAACUGGGGCGAGCAGUAUAUUACGUCAGCGCCCUAUGCCCAUUGUAAGGGCAUUGUCAUAGGGACCCUAAGCAUGGAGUUAGGGGGAAAGGUACAUGUAAUGUGUCCGGACACCGGUUAUCAUGCCGAUGUGGAAUUUAAAUUAAGGUCGUUUCUAAGCAGUGCUGAUCAGACAAAUGCGAUAUCGGGCAGAAUAAAGCGUGGCAAAGACACUAUUGCCACAUUAGACGGCUAUUGGGACGGCAAAGUGGAUAUCAAGGAUAAGAAAACAGGGGAGGAAUCCAACCUAAUGGACGUGACACUCCUCAAAGAGCAGCGUCUCCCUCGAUUCCUGUUGUCGAUAGAUAAUCAGUUAGAGUACGAAUCGCAGAAGCUUUGGAUUAAAGUUUCAGAAGCAAUAGCAAAUGAUGACCAGAUAGCGGCGACAGAACAAAAGACAAUAAUAGAAGAGGCGCAGCGCGCUCGUGCGAGGAACAUGGUGGCUCCCUGGGUGCCGAGGUUCUUCCACAAGGAUCUGCAUUCCACUGCCCCUGAAGGAAUGGUGGACCAGGGAUGGAAGUACAACCAUGUCAAUGCUAGUCCAUGGCAAGGGAUGAAGUAA